ACUUCACCACCACUGCUCGGCUGUUGGCGUGUAACAAAUGAAAUGACCAUCGUUUUGGUUCUUCCUUCGAUCGUCUUCCUGUAAAUUUCCUACCUUUUGCUAUUGGUAAAAAAGAAAAAGAAUAUGAAAAUUUGCGAUGCCUACUGGGUGUUGAUUAGUUUAAUUCGCGUGUGUUUGGAUGCUGUGGAUGACUGGAUGCACCAAAUUGCGAUCACGGAAACUGGGACCCAGUGAGUUCUUGUUUGUUUAUGCAUAGCAUAUUGUGUCGUUGUCCCGGUAAAAAAGCAAGAGCGGGAUAUAUUGCAAUCCAACCAACCAAAAUCGAGGCGACUCGGCUAGCGAGCAGCUCCGGAGGGGGGGAUCAUGGAGGAGGGGCGGAAAUCGGAACCGGCGGCGUUCGGUUUCCCGGCGCCGGUGCAGCCGGGGGCGACGCGCGUGGGGUGGAUCGGCAUCGGCGUCAUGGGCGGCGCCAUGGCCAAGCGCCUCCUCGCGGCUGGCUACACAGUCACCGCGUACGCUCGCACGCCGUCCAAGGCGGAGGGUUUCGUCGCCGCUGGCGCGAGCCUCGCGGACUCGCCGCGUGCCGUGGCCGCCGCGUCCGACGUGGUGUUCACCAUGGUCGGGAACCCAGGCGACGUCCGCGCGGUGGUCCUGGACCCGGCCACGGGGGCGCUCGCGGGCCUCCCCCGCGGCGGCGUGCUGGUGGACUGCACGAGCUCGUCCCCUUCCCUCGCGCGCGAGGUCGCCGCGGCUGCGGCCGCGGCGGGCUGCCACGCCAUCGACGCGCCGGUCUCCGGAGGCGACGUCGGCGCCCGGGACGGCACGCUGGCCCUCUUCGCCGGCGGGGACGAGGCCGUGGUCGCCUGGCUCGCCCCGCUCUUCGCCCACCUCGGCAGGGUGACCCACAUGGGCGGGCCGGGAAGCGGGCAGAGCAGCAAGAUCGCCAACCAGGUUGCGGUGGCCGGCGCCGUGGUGGGGCUUGGCGAGUCCGUGGCCUUCGCCCGCGCGGCGGGGCUCGACGCGCCGCUGUUCCUCGGCGCCGUGUCCAAGGGCGCGGCGGGCUCGCGCAUCAUGGACAUCUUCGGUGACCGCUUGCUCCGCCGCGAGUUCGUGUCCGGCGGCAGUGUGCGGUACAUCGUCAAGGACCUCGGCAUGGCGCUGGAGGUCGGGGACGGCGGGGAAGAGGCUAACGUGCUGCCUGGAGCGGCGCUGUACCGGCAGAUGUUCUCGGCGAUGGUGGCCAAUGGCGACGGCAACUUGAGCUUGCAGGGACUGAUCACCGUCGUUGAGCGCCUGAAUGGCAUUGGCAAAUAUGACAUAUACGCACUGCCGUUUCUGUGUAGCGUCAUCUUAUCUCUUUCGCCUUCACUCUCAAAAUCUUCAGCCGAGGGGAGCAGAGGAGCAGCAGGUGGACCAAGAAUGGCAGCGCCAGGCUCCCUGGGACUUCUCCACGCGCCUUCCUUCGCCGCGGCUAAGUGCCAGCCGGUGGCGAGCCGGGCAUCCGCGCGGCGAGCGCCGCGGGCACUGUUCGCCGUGCGCGCCUCGGCUGCUGACGCCGCCAACAAGGACGCCGUCCUCAAGGCCUUCCGCGAGAACAGGGCUCUCAAGAUAAUUUCUGGGCUUCAGAACUUUGACAGGAGCAGUGUUGCAUCUGUUGUCACAGCUGCAGAUAAGGGAGGCGCAACCCAUGUUGACAUAGCAUGUGACAAGGACUUAGUAAAGCUUGCCAUGGAUCUUACCAACCUUCCGAUCUGUGUCUCAUCUGUAGAUCCUUCAGCGUUCCAUUCUGCAGUAGAAGCAGGAGCUAAAAUGGUUGAGAUUGGAAACUAUGAUUCUUUUUAUGAGAUGGGCAUUGAGUUCUCCUCUGAGCAGGUACUGAAGCUAACAAGAGAAACAAGGAAGAUGCUUCCAGAGAUCACCUUAUCAGUAACAGUUCCUCACACACUUAGUUUGCCAGACCAGAUGAGACUUGCAGAGCUACUUGAAGAGGAAGGAGCUGAUAUAAUCCAAACUGAGGGUGGAAAAUGUUCUAGCCCGACAAAGCCUGGAGUUCUUGGAUUGAUUGAAAAGGCAACACCAACACUCGCUGCAGCAUACUCCAUCUCUCGGGCUGUCAGCAUUCCAGUGAUGUGCUCGUCAGGGUUAAGUUCGGUGACUGCACCGAUGGCAGUAACUGCAGGAGCUGCUGGAGUUGGAGUCGGUUCUGCUAUUAACAAACUCAACGACGUUGUGGCGAUGAUUGCUGAGGUGAGGAGCAUUGCACAAGCAAUGGGGCUUGCGCCAAGAAUCGUCUCUGAAAACUUGAGAACAGUUCGACACUAGUGGCCAGGAAUACUGUCACUAGUAGAGGCUAGGAAUACCUUGCCAUUUCUGAGCAAACUUGAGCAAUCAAUAAGAAAGUCUUUUGACGUGGCAGUGAGUAGUGCGAAGCAAAUGGCAUCAUAGAAGUGUGAUCUUGAUCAAUGGAAGUUGUAAGACCCCAAUUUUCAUGUGUUUCUUCAUUAAGUGUUGUUAUCUUGUCGAACUCACAAUAAGCUUCAGAUAGGUGCUGGGUUUUGUGGGAACAUCGUUUGUGCAAGUGUGCAACACAAAUGAGAUCUUGCACUUGCAAAUACGACUCUUUCGUUUAUGUUGUGCUGGAAUGAAAAAAGGACCUAUUUAUUGAUUGUAA